AUGCAACGAAUCGUGUUUCUAUUCAAUAUCGUUCCGCUUAUCAACUCGCACCUAUGCCAUAAUGCUCCAGGAGCCGAGCGAUCGUGCAACAGCUCCAUCUGCUUCGCCCACUUCUAUACCCUUCUCGAGGGCACCGUGGAGCGUUUCGAUUGCGUCGACGACGCGAUGCUGAGUUUCGAGGCGUGCGCGAAGCUGCUCAACGCGACGAGCACCUGUUUAAAGGGAGCAAAUCAAAUCCAUUGUUGCUGCGAUUCGCCGAAAUGCAAUGCCGAUUUUCAAACGACGACAAUCUCAUUGAGCUACACGGAGUGUGUCAAUUUGAUGGUCGCCUCGCUUCUCGUCGCUUCAAUCGUCGUCAUUCUCAAAUUCAUCGGCUCACAAGCGAUCGUCGAGCACGGCAUGGUGUUGCUCGACGGCAACAAAGCAUCGCGCAUUCGGAAUCUCAACACCGCCUGUAUCGCCGUUCUAAUGUCGGCCGCAUUAUUUUGUUGGUGUCCGGCGACGAUGCGAUGCGUCGAGCACGCGUUGGGCCGAUUUCAGACGCCGUGGAAGUUCGUCGUCCAGAUUAUGAGCACCUCGCUCACGUCGGCAAUAUUCGUUACCGUAUCGCCAUUUCUCCUCUAUUACGAGAUAUCGAUGUCGCGCAAAUUUAAAAUCGCGUACGGCCUCAAUCGAAAAUCGUCGAUAUCGAUCGAUAUUCUCCUCGCGUUGUUCGUCGUUCUCGCCAUUUACGAGCCGUUCAAUGAGAGUCUCGAGAUUUGGGAUCGCGAUGAGAAGACGCUCGCCUAUUGUAGGUACGGCUACUUCAAAUGGACAAUUCUGGCAAGCGUUUCGAUGUACACCACCUACGUGAUCCUUUUGAUGUGGCGCGUCGCCGAGGUGUCCGCCGUCGCCGCGCCCGCCGAUGAUCCGACCAGAUCGUUGAGCGUCGUCGAGCAUCCGCCGACGUUGAUGAGCAUGUCAACGGCGACCCGAUCGCUCGCCGAGAACACCGACGACACGCAACUCGAGACGCUCACCGUCUCGCCGAGGCCGUUUCACGUGGCGCGCGGCGCCAGCGCGAUUCUCAACGUCACCAACAACAGCAAUUUGGAAUGGGUGGCGAUGAGGGCCCUCCUGUCGACGACAGGCUUCUACGCGCUUCAUCCCACCAAAUUUCUAAUACCGCCCGGAAAACAAGUCUCGAUCGAGGUGCGCCAAAUCACACCAAUCGAGUUUCCCGCCAACAAUCACAGCAUUCUCAUCGAAUGGUUCUCGGUCGGCUGGACAUGCCCAAAUGUCGACAUUAAUCGCUUAUGGUCGAGGCCAUAUUUGGUGGCACAAAAUCGCUGGAAAUUCUUCGUUUUGCCUAUUUAUUUGGAGGUUUGA